GAUAUAUACAUUUACAAUUCCUGUAACGUCGUUGUGUAGAUGUCUUGGGCAUGCUCUGGCCUGACUAAUGACGAGUUAGUUUCGGCACUCAUUAAAAACAAACUUCUUAAAUCACCAGCGGUUAUUGCGGCAAUGCGUCAUGUCGAUCGCCGCUGGUUUAUCCCGAAAACCUACUCAACCACCGAUGCGUACAAGGACAGCCCCUUGUAUAUAGGCCACGGCGCCACUAUCAGCGCACCGCAUAUGCACGCUAUCGCACUGGAAGUGAUGGCACCAUAUCUUCUGGGAGAACACCGAGUUUCAUCGCCCUCGAGUAUCCCUAUUCAUAUCUUAGACAUUGGUAGUGGUAGCGGUUACCUCACAGCUGUUAUGGCGGAUAUAUGCUCUACACAAAAUACAACAAACAACCAGUCGUGGAAAGUCAUUGGGAUCGAGCAUGUGGAAGAACUUCAAAAGAGUUCUCUUUCUGCCAUAAGAAAGCACUUCCCAACAUGGAUUGAGAAGGGUAAUGUGGAGAUCAUUUGUGGCGAUGGACGUGAUCCUCGAAAGACCCUCGGGAUAGACAAAACGACCAGCCAUCCCUUUGCCUUCGACGUCAUACAUGUAGGAGCCGCUAUCCCUUCUACCUCAUUAUCUCUGACCGAGCUUUUAAAUCUGAAUGCAUGCUUAAUAGCUCCUGUUGGUGGUAAGAACGAAAACCAGAGGUUAAUGGUGUUUUCUAAAAAUCAUCGAGGAAAGGUAACAGAAAAACAAAAAUGUCUAGUUUCUUAUAUCCCGUUGACCUCGAUUGACGAACAAUUGGAAAGUCGCUGAUGUAGUUGCUUUUCUUCCCUUCCUAAACUCUUAGUAUUUUUUAUCGUUCUACUUAAUUGUAUCGAAUCAAUAUAUUGAAACCCUAUUGGUACGUCUAUUGAGAUACCUUUAUAUUUUCUCAAUAAUGCUUGUAACACAACGAUACAGUAUUUUAGCUUUUCCCCACGAAUAUUGGCUACUCUGUACCAGGAUCAGCUCACACCUUGCUUACCAUACGAUAAAUAUGAUUUCACUUUCUUGUGUGUGGCAAAUAGUUGUUAAA